CACUUCUUUAAUUCCUUUUAUAUAUAUCUAUCUUUGUUUAUUCAAAAACUCUGACAUGGCAACCCUUGACAAACUACCUAUCAUUGACUUUGGUUCAUUUGACAAAGAACCUGUCAAGGUGGCUCAGCAAGUACUUGAUGCCUGCAAGUCUAUUGGAUUCUUUUACAUGACAAAUCAUGGUAUCCCCCUGGACAAAGUAGAUAAUGCAUUUGAAAUGGCCAAGGGUUAUUUUGACCUCCCAUCUGAAGAAAAAAGGAAAUUUCUGAUCAAAGAAGACAAUUACGGCUAUUCAGAACUUUAUAGUGAAACCCUUGAUCCUGAUAACCAACGUCAAGGUGAUCACAAAGAAGGGUUCAAUUUUAAGAACUUCAUCGACGGAAAGGCUUAUGCUCCUUUGCCAGCCUUCUUUGAGGAGCGUGAAGAAGCUGUCAAGGCAUUCUCCUACGCCUGUCAGGAAACAUCGGCGCGUGUGUUGGAAGCCUUUGCGAUUGCACUCGAGAUUCCAGAAGAUCAAGGUGGUCGAAACUGGUUCAAGGACCGACAUCACUACAACCGAAAAUCUGGACAGGUGCUACGGUUCCUCAAGUAUCCUCGUGGAGGAGAAGUUAGCUACAAAGAGCCCGUGCGAGCAGGCGCUCACUCUGAUUACGGAUCUCUCACACUUUUGUUCCAAAAGGACGUCCCGGGUCUUGAAGUCCAGGCAAGCCGGGCUGCAUGGAUCCCUGCACCCCUGGUGGACGGUGCAGUGCUUGUCAAUGUUGGUGAUCUGAUGGAGUUUUGGACCAACGGAUUGUUUAAAUCGACUCUUCACCGAGUAACCUUUUUACCUGAGCAUAACCAUCUCGACCGUUACUCGAUUCCCUUUUUUGUGCAUCCCGAGGACGGUGUCUUGUUGACACCAAUUCCGAGCAGCAUUGUGCCUCCUCAUACUGCUGCUGGAUCAGAAGAUGAGACCAAGAAAAAACCAAUCAUGACAGCAGGCGAACAUCUUCGUCAUCGCUUGAAGGCCACUUAUUCAUUUUAAUAUCAUCGUAAAAAAAAUCAAGAAAAGAAGAAGGGGAGGUAUUGUAACAAAAAAAUAAUAAUAAUAAACAUUUAUCUGUAUUUGUGUCUGUACUUUAAC